CUCUCUCUCUUUGCCUCAAAGCUCCUGGCACAGUAGCGAGCCCCAUGCCAGCCGACAGCAUGGCAUCUGACAGCAUGGCAUCCACCAACAGCCUCUCUCAGGAGGCCCAGCCUGAAAAGAAGCCCGUCGUCACGGUGUCUUACUCGUCCUCGUCUUCGGCCACCUUCUCCUCCUCCUCAUUCUCGUUCACGUCUUUGUCUCAGAGGGCCAGCGAUGAUUGCCCGUCUCCCCUGAAGGAGUCUGAGGAGGGAGCUCCAGCCCGCCCUUCUAGCGUGCCUUCCAGCCCCAUGGUCCAGAACUCAAACAGCUCCAGCAGCGGCAGCGGCGGUGGUGAGGGAUUCCUCUCAGACGGCAGCAGCUCCUCUGUUUCCACCUUGAGGAGAGCCAGCAACAUCGACCUGUGCGAGCAAGAACCACCUGCUGAAGGCAACACCAGAGUCCAGACAUCAACCGGCUCCGCCACCACUGCUUUGACCACCGCUAACUGUGAAAGCAGUAUUAGCAGCAGUAUUAGCAGCAGUAUUAGCAGCAUUAGUAGCAGCAUUAGUAGCAGCAGCAGCAGUGAUUUUCUCACAGACAGCACCAUCUCCUCGUUGGCAACCGUGACAAGAUUUAGCAAUAUCCAGCUUUACCAGCAAGGUGCACCUGAAUGCGAGACCAGUACCCAGAUAUCUGCCAAAUCCUCUACCACCAUCAUCAGUGGCAGCAGUAGCUGUAACAGCAGCAGCGGCAGCAGUGAAUUUCUCUCAAACAGCACCACUUCCUCAGUGGCCACCUUGAGAAGAGCCAGCAGCCUCCAGUUGUGUCAGGAAAAGCCUCCUGACUGCAUUGCCAGUACCCAGACCUCCGCCAGCUCCACAACCACUACUGGCAGCAGCGCAAGUAGCAGCAGCAGCGGAAGUAGCACCAACAGUAGCAGCAGCAGUAGUAGUAGUUGUGGCAGCAGCAGUAGUAGUAGCAGGACCAGUGAUUUCCUGUCAGACAGAGGCAGCUUUUCUGCUGUCACCCACAACAACACUCAUCUCUGCCAGCACCCGCCUCCUGAUCACAACAGCAGACCUCCCAUCAGCAGGGGUCAGUGUGUGCACAGCUGGCCGGCCAUACAGCUCCUGGGGGUUGGGGUGGGACAGAGUGAGAGAGAGGGCUUGGCAGAGGGCGGUGGGAGGGGUUCCAGCAGUCUGUCACUGGCAGAGAGUCGCCUGGAGCAGAUCAUCGAGACCAAGCUGAAGUUCUCGCAGUUCCUGGAUGAGGUGACCCAGAGAGUGCUGUCUCCCGCCAGCCUGCAGGCCUUCAGCCGAGAGACGCCCCCCGCGUCGCCCACAUCCACCACCGCGACCAGCGUGCUGUCGCUGCCACAGCCCGGCACCAGCCACUCCACCCAUCCGGAUCAGAAGGGCCCAGAAGGGAGCGUGUCUUUGGGGCAAGUACAGCAGCAAGCCACCCAGCCUGGGAAGACGAUGCAGGACGAGCUCCCUGGCUCCCAGGAUCCCACCGCUGUGGGGAAGGGGAAGGCCUACCUGGAGACGGACAUAGAUUGCGUCAGGAGGCAGGAUGAGAUGAAAGAGAGGAAGGUGAAGAUGGAGAACGCCGCUCUGCCCCAGAAGGAGGAGAGAGGAAGGGCCGUGACUCCGGUCCCAGAGUGCCACCUGAACUCUUUGGAGCGGAUGAGCAGUCCUGGCCCUGUGCUGAACUGGGACGAGGGGUUCUUCAAAUACCCUUGCAGGUCCGUCUCUCUGCCCAGAGGAAUCAACAUGCUUUCUGAUGAGGAGCUGCAAACCAUAAGCGCUCUGCAAGAGCAGAAGGAGGAGCUGCGGAAGCGUCUCGCCUACACCACCCACAAGCUGGAGCUGCUGCAGAGCGAGUUCGACUCCACCCGCCAGUACCUGGAGACAGAGCUGCGCCGCGCCCAGGAGGAGCUGGACAAGUUCACAGAGAAACUGCGCCGAAUACAGAGCAGCUACUCGGCCCUACAGAGGAUCAACCAGGACCUGGAAGACAAGAUCCACAGGACGUCUCAGCACCAUGAGGACGAGAAGAGAGCACUGAGCCGAGAGAUCAUCGUCCUUAACAACCACCUCAUUGAGGCCAAGAUGACCAUCGAGAAACUACGAGAGGACAAUGACCUCUACCGCAAGGACUGCAACCUGGCCGCCCAGCUCCUGCAGUGCAGCAAGUCCCACUACCGGGCCCAGCUCUCCGAGCUGCCCGCUGAUUUCCAGGAGCGCGUGAGCAUCCACAUGGAAGCCGCACCCCUCUGCCACUCCCCGUACUCCGACACGGUCCCGGCCUCAGUCAUCGCCAAGGUGCUGGAGAAGCCCGAUGAGGCCUGCAGCAGCAGCCAGGCCUCCCUCUCGCCCAGCCCGCAGCCCCAGGACCAGGCCUUCCUGCUGGGGGGCAGCAUGGGCAGCGGCGCGGGCGAGCGCCUGGGCGUGGGCCUGGGGCUGCGCGGCACCUACAGGUCGGACCUUUACAGCAGCGACACGGCGCUCUACUGCCCGGACGAGCGGCGCCGUGAGCGCCGACCCAGCAUGGACGUCCACUGCAGCGCCGGCAUGGCACAGCGGCAACACACCGUGCAGCUCUACGGCCCGCAGAACUCCACCGACAGCAACCCGGACGAGGGCGACCUCCAGGGCUUGCCGACGGGGCCGUUCGGGCAGGAGCACUUCAUCACCAAGUUCACCACCUCCCUGGGCGGCGGCUCCAGCUCGUACUCGAGCUUCAGUGGCGCCGGGUCGGAGGGGAAGGGCCAGGGCCCGCUGAGCAGCACGGCGUCCUCACCGCACCACCACGCCCUCUACAUGGACUGGCGGGAUGGCGCGGGCGACUACGAGCACAAGAGCGACUCGUCGUGGGAGCGCGACAGCCCCGGCGCCUUUUCCAAGGCACACAGCUUCCAGCAGGAGCUUAGCCUCCACAGCCAGAAUGGGGGCGGUGGCGGAGUUGGAGGUGGAAGUGGCGGGUCGCCGGUCUACAGCCGGACUAUGUCGUCAUGCUACAGCGAGCCGUAUGAGCCGCUGCCGCCAUCCUCCUCGCCCAGCGUGGCGGCGUACGGAGACAGCCGGCGCAGCAGCGCGCUGCCGCCCGACGAGGAGGAGGAAGAGGAGGAGCUAAUGAUCGGCCGCUGGCGGCAGCUGAGCGUGGACGACCUGAGCGCGGCGGCGGCACACGCCUACCGCAGCGCCCCCGGCCGCGCCUCGCCCUACAGCUGCUCCGAGCAGCACUUCUCCGUGCGACCUGCCAAGAUCCGCCUGGGCCCGCUCUACAGCAGCUUCCAGGAGGGCACCGACGUCUACCACCACCACCGCCUUAUCGGCAGCUCCAGCGGUGGCGGCGGCGGCAGCGCCAUCCUGGACCAAGUCUGCUUCUCCUCGCCCAGCCCAGAGUGCAGCCCCGGAGGCGUGCGCCAGGCCCACAGCCAAGCUCAGCUCUACCGCUCGGCCAAGGACGACAGCCAGGAGGAGUCCGAGCACAGCUUGUAUCACUCAGUCGGCAGCUCCAAGGACAUAGAGGGCAGCCUCGGGGCCGCGGCGGGGGUAGCCGGCGGUGGGCCGGAGGCAGCCGAGUACGUGGACGAGAGCCCCAACAGCUCCACCGAGUCUCUGCACAUGCAGGGCUCAUUGGAGAUGGCCGGCGAGCGAGAGCUUCAGAUGUACCAAGCCGAGAUGCACGCGCUCGCGCACGGACACGCCACCGCCGCCACCGCCCACGCCCACGGAGGUUCCCCGCAGAGGGCCACCCCGCGACCCUCUUCUGCUCAGCAGCAGUACCAAAAAUUCGGCACCCUGGGGCUCACCCGCAAGGACAGCCUCACCAAGGCCCAACUGUACGGGACUCUCCUCAACUGAGGGAACAAGCACAGAGGGGAAGUAGAGAGCUUCCUCCUAUGGUGUU